AUGGCUGGGAACGAGUGGAUAAAUGGGUACUUGGAGGCUAUUUUGGACAGUGGGGCAACAGCCAUAGAAGAAAAUAAGCUGACCCCAGUGAACGUGAGGGAUAGAGGCAAUUUUAAUCCCACAAAGUACUUUGUAGAGGAAGUGGUAACGGGGGUUAAUGAAACUGAUCUUCAUCGAACAUGGAUCAAGGUGGUGGCUACAAGGAACACCAGAGAGAGAAGUUCCAGGCUCGAGAAUAUGUGUUGGCGCAUUUGGCAUCUUACCCGCAAAAAGAAACAGUUGGAGUUGGAGGAUUUCCAAAGGUUAGCAAACUGGAGAUGGGAACGAGAACAGGGGCUCAAGGAUGUGACUGAGGACAUGUCUGAAGAAUUGUCUGAAGGAGAGAAAGGAGAUGGUCCGGGAGAGCUUGGGGUCGACAGUCCACGGAAAAAGUUCCAACGGAACUUCUCCAACAUCGAAGUAUGGUCGGACAGUAAAAAUGAGAAGAAGCUUUAUAUCGUCCUCAUUAGUUUACAUGGAUUAGUCCGUGGGGAAAAUAUGGAGCUAGGUCGUGAUUCUGAUACUGGAGGUCAGACUAAAUAUGUUGUAGAACUUUCUCGAGCACUGGCUAAGAUGCCGGGUGUAUAUAGGGUCGAUCUGUUCACGAGACAAGUUUCCUCGCCUGAAGUGGAUUGGAGUUAUGGUGAGCCGACAGAGAUGCUUACUAUCGGUUCAGAGGAUGCGGAUAGUGCUGAUCUAGGGGAAAGCAGCGGGGCCUACAUUGUAAGAAUACCCUUUGGUCCUCGGGACAAGUAUCUUCAGAAAGAACUAUUGUGGCCUCAUGUUCAGGAGUUUGUUGAUGGAGCAUUGUGUCACAUUCUUAAUAUGUCAAAGGCUUUGGGCGAACAAAUCGGUGGAGGUCAGCCCGUCUGGCCAUAUGUUAUUCAUGGCCAUUAUGCAGAUGCAGGUGAUGCGGCUGCUCUCCUUUCGGGUGCAUUAAAUGUCCCAAUGGUUUUAACGGGACACUCAUUGGGCAGAAACAAGCUAGAACAACUUCUAAAGCAGGGAAGACAAUCAAAAGAGGAUAUUAAUUCAACAUACAGGAUUAUGAGGAGGAUAGAAGCUGAAGAGCUUUCUUUAGAUACUGCAGAGCUUGUUGUCACGAGCACUAAGCAGGAGAUUGAAGAACAAUGGGGUCUAUAUGAUGGAUUCGACAUAAAACUGGAGAAAGUUUUGAGGGCACGUGCGAGACGUGGGGUCAAUUGCCAUGGUCGGUUUAUGCCUAGAAUGGCGGUUAUUCCUCCUGGGAUGGACUUUAGCAACGUUGAGGUUCAAGAGGAUAACGUAGAAGCCGAAGGGGACCUUGCAGGGCUAACCAACAGUGAGUCCCCCAAAGCUGUCCCGGCUAUAUGGUCAGAAGUUAUGCGUUUUUUAACGAAUCCUCACAAGCCAAUGAUUUUGGCAUUGUCAAGACCAGAUCCAAAAAAGAACAUAACCACUCUUGUCAAAGCCUUCGGAGAAUCCCGCUCGUUACAAGAGCUUGCUAAUCUUACUCUUAUAAUGGGGAAUAGGGAUGAUAUAGACGAGAUGUCUGCUGGAAGUGCAAAUGUGCUAACUACAGUGCUGAAGCUAGUUGAUACGUAUGACCUCUAUGGGCAAGUGGCUUUCCCGAAACAUCACAAGCAAAGUGACGUUCCAGACAUUUACCGGUUGGCUGCCAAAACAAAGGGAGUUUUCAUAAACCCAGCUUUCAUCGAGCCCUUUGGACUUACCUUGAUUGAGGCUGCAGCACAUGGACUCCCAAUAGUGGCAACUAAGAAUGGUGGUCCAGUCGAUAUUCAUCGGGCACUGAACAAUGGGCUGCUUGUGGACCCUCAUGAUCCGCAAGUCAUCGCCGAUGCACUGCUGAAGUUAGUGUCGGAAAAGAACUUGUGGCAUGAGUGCAGAAGUAAUGGCUGGAAAAACAUACAUCUGUUUUCAUGGCCAGAACAUUGCCGAACGUACUUGACAAGGGUGGCAUCAUGUCGGAUGAGGCACCCUCAGUGGCAAACUGACUCAUCAACAGAUGACCUGGCAGCUGAGGAAUCCCUGAAUGAUUCGCUUAAAGACGUGCAAGAUAUGUCUCUAAGGCUAUCCAUUGAUGGAGAGAGAACUUCGCUAAAUGAAUCACUAGAAGUGGCUGCAGUUGGGGACAACCCAGACGUGCAAGAUAGAGUUAAGCUCGUCAUGAGUAAAAUGAAAAGGCAAGAAAAGGGGACAAAGGAUUCCAAAGUUGACGGAAUGCCACCGACUGACAAUAUCUUGAGCAAAUAUCCAAUGUUGAGGCGGCGUCAUAAAUUGAUCGUUAUAGCAAUUGAUUGCUAUGAUAUCAAUGGAGCACCUGAAAAAAAGAUGAUUCAUAUAAUACAAAAUCUUUUUAAGGCCAUUAAAUUAGACGUACAUAAUGCAAGAUUAACGGGAUUUGCAGUAUCGACAGCCAUGCCUAUAUCAGAAUUGAUUGAAUUUUUGUUGUCGGGGAAUAUUAAAGUUAGUGAUUUUGAUGCUUUAAUCUGUAGUAGUGGUAGUGAAGUGUAUUACCCUGAAGACAGUGGAAAGCCUUUUUUGGAUCCUGAUCAUGCAUCACAUAUUGAUUAUCGGUGGGGUUCUGAUGGUUUGAAAAAGACUAUUUGGAAGCUAAUGAAUACACCAGUAGGUUAUGCGAAAUCUGGUGCUGUUAUUGAAGAGGAUGCAAAAUCGAGUAAUUCUCAUUGCCUAUCCUACUUAAUAAAGGAUCUCAACAAGGCAAAAAAAGUGGAUGAUAUGAGGCAGAAGCUUAGGAUUCGUGGACUCCGUUGCCAUUUGAUGUAUUGCAGAAACUCUACAAGAAUGCUAGCUGUUCCUCUCCUUGCAUCUCGCUCACAGGCUCUCAGGUACCUCUUUGUCCGGUGGCGAUUAAAUGUGGCAAAUAUGUAUGUGAUACUUGGUGAAACCGGAGACACAGAUUACGAAGAAUUGAUUGCCGGCACCCAUAAAACCAUUAUUCUAAAAGGGGUCGUGGAGAAAGGAUCUGAGGAUUUACUCAGAACAGCAGGAAGCUACCUAAGAGACGAUGUAGUUCCAAAAGAAAGUCAGCUUGUCGCCAACGUGAAUGGAGACGCAACAGCGGAAGAGAUUGCUAAUACAUUAAAGCAGGUAUCCACAGCAGGAAUGUGA